UAUUGCGUUCGCCAUCCAUCUCCGGGAUUCCAUAUCAAGACAGCCAUAUUAUAUUGAAUUUCCAUGAGCUGGUCUAUGACUCAAUCUGAGAAAUGGCCGGAAUCCCAAUUGGGACCCCGAUAGAUAUUUCCCGAUUGGUUAGUUUCCUGUAUCACAUACAGUGGUAUAUAAGGACGUCACGCCAGAUCUAACAGCUACUAACACUCACUCACCUACCCAAUUCCCAUCUCCAGUCAACUAUCCAGGAUAUCCCACCAUGGCGCGCGAUAAACCCCAAAUCCAAGACCUGUUCAGGACCAAACGCCUGCUGUUCCGCGCCGCAGAGGAGACAGAGGAAGAUAAAGCGUUCCUCAACAACCAAAUUCUCAACGAUCCUCUCAUCCAAACCAUGAGCACCAUGCGUCUGCGACGACCGCUGGCAAAGAAAUCCGGCGAGGACUUUAUCAAGAUACUAAACGAGGCAUUACUCGGUGUAAUGGUGUGUCUGCUGCGUCCUGAUGUCGUCGACGCAAACCCCACCAUCAUCGGCCACCUAGCGCUGUCGACUUCAGGGAACCACCAUCACCGCAGCGCGAUGCUGGGGCUCUCCUUUGCAGAGCCCUUUCGCGGCAAGGGGUAUGGUGGUGAAGCCAUCAACUGGGCUCUAGACUGGGCCUUUGAAAGUGCGGCGUUACAUCGCGUCAGCAUCGGGGCUUUCUCGUUCAAUACGAAUGCGCUGAGGCUGUACCGGAAGGUUGGGUUUGUUGACGAGGGUCGAGAACGUGAGGCUAUCUACUAUAAUCGGUCCUGGCACGACGUUGUGAAUCUCUCGAUGCUCGAGCAUGAGUGGGAAAACCUGAGGCGGGUUGAGCAGGAAACCGAGGGAGAGAGUAAGGAGAGGUAACUAUUAUCAGAAUUAUCUGUGGGUAUUAAUUAUAUUAUAAACAUGAUUCUCUGUGUAUAUGAAGAUAGCAAUUAUCACACCAAUACUUAGGGUGUACAAUAGCUCAUCAAUAUGUGCCACAGAUUCCCUUUUCUGCAGUGCGUUGUUACUCGUUCCAAAGCCAGAUAGUUAUAGCCGAUGAAGAACAUAUAUUAAAGUC